AUGCAGAGUUCAAUCAAACGAGGAUUUAGCUUGCACAACAGAACUGCAACCGAAAACGGAGGCCAUUCCGGGUGGCUCAAACGUUCUGAAUCCUCCAUCAUUGGACCGGGCGGUACAUCACCUUCGUUGUCAAGGUUUAGCCCACGCUUGACGUCCAAAUUGAGCCUCGCUAGUGGAAGCAGGAUACGUGAGAGUGGUGACACGCCAAAGAUCCUCGAAACACUUGAAACUGUUCAGCAGGAUUCUUCGGCUGCUUUCACUCUGUUGGAUGCCACUGCUUUGCAAAACCUUUACUCCGAUCCAGCUCUUCUUUGUCAUUUCGGACAGGAUGUAGAAAUGAGAAACAGAAUACUUUCACGCCGCUUGGAUGGACUUUUACUGAAGGCAGCCGAGAAAGGUGAAGACGAUGAUGAUAUGGACUCCAAAAACGAAACUGGUGUAAAUGUAUUUGACGAAAAGAUGAACGACGUACAGACAGAACUAGACGGUGAUAAAAAAAGAGGCAAUAACUACAGAAAAAAACGAUUACUGGAUUUAGGCCAAGGAAAGCGAAGUGAUGUGAAAAAGUAA